CUUCUUUCCGUUUUACUAUCGCAUUAUCGUUCAGGAAGCGAGGAAAUGACUGGGCUUUAACUAUUCAAGAUGCCGUGAUCGUGCACGACGCGCGAUAAGCUACCGUUACUUUGUACCACCUUUCAAAUGCCCCUUUAUUCCGCGCUAUCAUUGCCCUCUCGUCUAUUUGCGUUGUUGCUGCCGCACUUGGCAGCGUUUCCCGUACGGGACUAUCGCGAGCUGGCAACACUAACAAUAUAACAUGGCGGUCAGCUGUUGGAAGUCGAAGAACAGUGGGUGAUUAGCGAAGUGGCAGUGAGAAAAAACAAAAGAAACGCGCAACCGUUAGCGCCCUUAAAUUUCCGAUAAACUUGUACCACUACGCCAGAUGUCGGUCAAAAGCCGCGACCGUCAGACAGCCUGAAUUCGCAUGCUACGGGAGCGGCUGACAGUCUGCGAAGGAGCCUGCCAGAGCGAGCAUGAUACGACGGUGCCUUCUCAGUACGGCGCAUCGGCUGAUCAACUCAAAGUUGGCUCCGGCGAAAAGCUUUUUCGCCCUCCAAGUGCACGGCACCGACGGAGUGGUCAACUACCUGCGGCAGUUUCCUUAGGUCAAGCAAGUCAAGAUGCUGUACGUCUUCCUCGUCGAUACUGGCAAGAUGGUGACCUUUGAUAUGAACCACGCCGUCGAAAGCGUGGAGCAUCUCAAAGCUGUCAUUCAUCAGCGGUUCAGUGUGCCACCCGAAAAACAAGUGCUGCUCAUAAGCGGAGGGGAAAGCCUGCAGCCGACAGCCUCUGUGGGCAGCUACAGUGCGGGCACGGACACCAACCCCAUUUACUUCUUCAACAAGGUUUCCAUUGAAUCCGAAAGCCUUGCCAAGUCCAGUGAGCUCGCCACGUCAGACCAGGAUGUGACGCUUGAAGUAGAAGCGGUGAUGAACCUGCCGCCCGCAUUCGACACUGUGGUUGUGAGGACGCAGCUUGCUCAGGAACUCUGUGACCGUGCUCGGCAGGAACUGAAAAUAUCUGAGGCCCUUGUCCACGAACAGCACUUGCAGCAGCAGGGCUGGGCUGCUGUGGUUGCCAACCUCGAUGAUAUGACAAGGAGCCUGAAGAACAACGCAGCAGGCAUCGAACAGGAGCUGACAGAGUUCCUCAGCAGUCACCAGCAGCACAUGGAACUGCUCGAGAGUGUGGAAGAAGAUAUUGUGCUGCUAGGAAAAAUUCCCGUUCUUCCUGCCCUGCUGUCGGCUGAGCAGCAGGACGAACAGAGAGGCAUGAUGCUGCUAGACUGGAUCAACUCGACGGAUAGCAAAAGCAGCUUGAAGGAGAUGGCCAGCAGCUGCAAGGUGUGCCUAAAGCAGCUUGUUGCAGAAGGCCUGGAGAAGUGCCGCACGGAUUUGCAGAAAGUGAUGAUACUGGUGGACAAUCAGGACAUGCUGCAGAUUCGCGGUGUCGAAGAGUGGCUGACGAACCUCGACGAGCUCUUGGACAGAGCCAGGAAGCUGGUGCAGCAUCAGCAGGAUUACCAGCAGGCGUUCCUGCUCAACCAGUCGAGCUUCUCCCGCUCCAAGGAUUCCAGCGUCCUGCCAGACCUGUGCGAGAGCCACGUAAAGCAGCUCAGAAUCAUGUAGCACCACGAGGACCUGCGUGACAUUCGAUCCCGCUGUGUCGCUGCGAAGGACAAACUCUGCAGCAACCUCAAGGAACGUCUGCGGUGGGUUAUUUAUGUACAGAAGAUAAUAUCCGAGAUGCAAGUGCGCAUGAUGUACACCAUAGCGACCACCAGGCAGCUGCGCAGGCAGCUCGAGAUAUGUCGCCAGAUCCACAUGGCCCCGCACACCUACCUCUGUGCAGUCACCGAGGUCAUCCGGCGACGCCACUUCUCUGACAACUUCUUGCAGUGGGCAGGCAUGCUGUCAUCGCAGUGCCAACGGCUGCACCACAUGGAAGUGCAGGCCCGGAAGGACUUCAACAGCCACUUCUCCAAGCACUUCCUCCACGCACUCUUCCCUGGCAUGGACGACUUGCCUCCACCUUUUGCGACUCGGAAUCCGAAGUCAUUUGAUGACAAUCUGCCUCUCUUGUCCGCCGAAGAUCUGGAGGUCCUUCGAAAAGCGCUUCCAGAGAUGUCUGAACUGCUUCAAACUCCCGAUCCAGUUCAGCUGCCCACCGUCGUGCUGCAGUCGUCGGUUGCCAUGCAGUCCUGCGGAGACGACACGUUGCAAUCUGAAGUGAAGGCUUCGUCGUCUUUCAGUCCAAGGCAUGCUUCCUGUCAGGAGUUGCCGCCGGAAGAAGCCAAGUACCAAACUGAGGAGCUAAUGAAGAGUACCUCCUCUGAAAAGGACUGCCACGACGGUGCUUGUCCUGAAGAUCGCGAGCUCACCCCGAAGCUGGUGGUGUCCGAUGAUGAGUUCGAAGAAGUUGCAGACGAACCUUCUCCGGGCCUCAAGGCUGACGCAGCAGACUUACUGGGCAUGCCCGUUCCUCAGGAAGCAAUCCUCUGUUCCCCAGACUCCCUGGGGCACACCUCAAAUGAUUUCCAGACAGCAGAUUUUUACAUUGACGAGUCGAUGCCAUCGUCGAUAUCGGACAGCAACGGAAUCGUGCCUGUUGCACCCAGUCCUGUUCCACCUUCAUCAGCAGCGCCUGCCCAACAGGCUCACGUGGCCGCCGAACUUCAGCGGCAGCUAGACGAGCGAAAUACGGCGCUGCUAGCCGUUCAGGAGGAGCUCGAAAGGGAAAGGAUCAAGAGGCAAGAACUGAGGUGUGCCGUGACAAAUGUGUGUGAAGCCGCAGCGGCAGUGUGUGCAGACUCUCGCUCGACCGCCGCCUCGAUUCGCGACGACCUGGCAGCUGCACUCCAGAUGGUGAGCAACGAUGCAUCGGCCAUCGGGGCCGCCAUGGACACUGCCCUUCAGGCCCUGCUAGACAAGCUUGAGAAUGACAAGGCCGCGUCCAUAGCAACCGAGGUGGACAGGGUGCGGCGGGAGUUUGAGUCGGCGGAGGAAGACCACCGGCACCAGCUGGAGGUGGAGCGGCAGAAAUUUGAGGACGCGCAGCGCGAGGUGCAUAUGUACCAGCAGCAGCUCCAACAGCUCAUGCAGGUUGCUGACAGCCUGCGCACUGACUCGGCACUUGCCCUUGCCUCGUUAAAGAACACCAUGCAGCAGGAGCACGAGUCUGCCAUUGCCAAAGCCACGCUCGAGCACGAGCUGGAACAGGAGGCCCUGAACGAGCGGCUGCGUGCGUUCGAGAGGAGCCAUGAGGAGGAAGUCCAAGAUCUCAAUGAAGUGAUCUGCGAGAAGGACCGGCAGAUCCAGAUGCUGUUCCAGGACAGGCAGGUCUUGGAGGAGCAGUUGCACACUCGCUUCUCCCUGGAGAAAGAAGAGCUGCUCGCACAGUGCCGCCAGGAGUGCGCCCAGAGAGAGCAGGCCAUCCGGGAAGAGCUCAUCGCCCUGCACGAGGAGAGGCUCGACCAGAUUCAACACUGCCACGAAGAAGCGAUCCAAAAGGCCAAAGAACAGACGAGGCUAGAGCUUCAGCAGGAGUGGGAAAGCAGGAUGCCAGGCUUCAAGCUCCUGCAGAUGAGGGAGUCCAUGAAGACUUGGACACAGCUGCGGGUGACUCCUGCUCACUUGAGGAGGCGAAACUCGACCCAUCUGGGGACAGCAUGAUGGAGUCCACUGUGAAGCUUCCCCACUCGGCUGACCCCAUGCUGCUGGAGUUAAGGAGUCAAUUGCUUGAGAAGCAAAAUGAAGUCAAUAGACUGCAGCAACAAGUUAUGGCCAUGUCCGACAACUUUGGCACUCAGCUUCAACCAUCCCCCAUCGACAAGGUCUCCAUCCUCUC